AAGUUUAACCUGAAAGACAGAAAGUUAGUUAGUUAGUUUGAUCGGAUGACACUGGCAUCGUUCUCCAAUAGAAUGAUAGUUGGUUGAAUUAGUCCCUGUCUUAUGAUGAGAAAGUUGUGCAGAUCUUUAUGGAAAAACAAGUUUUGGAAACAUUUAGGAUUAAUCACUUUGGUGACAUAUUUUGUCGCACUACCACUAUUAUCACUGAGGUACAGAUACACAGCAUAUGAAAAAGUUUGGCACAAGGACAAAUCUCAUGCACAAGAGUUACUGAGAAAUGUAAAUGAUCAAAGGAUAAAAGAGGCUCAGAACUACAUUAAUGUUUAUGGUGGAAUGAGAAAUAAACUCUCGUUACAACAACCCGCUGACAUUGGUAUCACUAUCAUAACUGUUUCAAGAAAUCGACACAGGUUGGAUCAGUAUGAACCCAAGUACUUAACACAAGUUGUAGGAAAAACUCUCCAACUUCUCAAUGAGACCAAACAUUUAAAACUGACAUACUCCUUAUUCCUAUGUAAUGUAGAUGAUGAACCUUCAUCUUACUUUGAACUUCAAAAUUUAACAAAAAUAGUAACUACAUUCAACAGAUUUUCAAACUCUUCAUCAAGGCCAUUAUUUCAAAGGUCUUUAGAUCAAACUCUUGAAAAAGAAAAAGAAGACUACAUUUACUGUGGAGAGCAAGCAUUUAAGCAGAAUGUUUCUAACAUACUUCUAGUGGAAGAUGAUGCAUUACCAAACGAUGACAUGAUAUCUGUUGUUGACCAUCAUCUUUAUUCCAUGGGACUGAGUAAAACAGGACCACAUCAAUCUGAUAUCACCUUCAUUAAAUUAUAUCACCCUGAUCGUCUUCUAGGAUUCAUCAGUUUAGAGAAGGAACGUCUCCCAGAGCUAUUUUGUUUGGGAUUGAUUUUGACAACAUGUUUUGUAAAAACUUAUUUGACCAUUCAUCCAAUAGAAGCAAAUCACAGAAAAAUAAUAUGGCUUGGAUUUUUUGUGUAUUCGUGUCUAUUUGUGCUUGCUGUAGGUAGACAGAAUUUCACAGCUCUCAGGAGGAUAUCAAAAUACUUAUACCAAGUCACUCCAGCACCAUCUUGCUGUACCCCUGCCAUUGUUUACACAAAAGCAGGCUUUCUUGCUAUUUCAUCAUAUCUGAAGUCUGUGAGAUGUAAGAGUGGGUUUGGAAAAGAUACAGCAAUUGAUAAAUUAAGAAAACUCAAUCCAAAGUUAAGAGCUUUACUGAUCCAACCCAAUCUUUUUAAACAUAUAGGGAUGUAUUCCUCUCUGAGAGACCAAGUUCUAGAUCCAUUUAUAGUUUGAUGUUUAUGACCUUUGACUGAAAUACAAAAUGCAAAUUUUAGCUGAUUGUACAGGAAGAUAAAUUAAAUCAGCAUACAGUAUUUGUAAUUGCAAGAAAACCUAAUGUUAAUUUUAAAAGUACUACAUGUAAACAAAAUUUCAUGGUGUUUUAUGUGAUGUAAAAUAUUUGAUCUGUCCUUACCCAAUAAGCAUCUAUUGCAACUUUUUUUAAUGUAAUUUUCUUACACUGACUUAUAUUUUUCAUCAGUUUUGGAGUCCUAUAUCUUUUUUUCAAAUUGUAAUAUCAACUCUCAAUGCAACAUUGUAUAUGCAUGAAAUUAUUCCUUUUUUUAAUAAAGCAUGAAAUCUUUACAA